CGGAGGCGGGGGAGGAAAUAGCGUCUGCUAUAACUGUGGGAAAACCGGGCAUUCCGCCCGCGACUGUUGGUCGAGGAGAGGGAGAGGAUACGGAGCACAGCAGGGUGACCCUGAACUGGAGGAGAUGAAGGAACAUUUUAGACAACUGAGGAGAGAGAGACAGGAGCUAGAGGAGAAACGCAAGUUGGAAGAAGAACGGAAGGCCAGGGAGGAAGAUGAGUUGCGGAGGAACCAGGAUUUUGCGAGGAAAGAAGAGGAGUUUAAAAUGCAACUUCGCGCAGAACAACUGGAGGAAUGGAGGAGGACCGACACCGAAGCGAAGGAGGCGGUGGGAAAAACUAGAAGAUCGGCGAAGCAGUACACGCGUAAGAGCGGCGGCGGGACCAAACGUAAGGGGAGGCGGUACUCAAAGAAGAAGAGAAAGGAGGAGAUUCCGAGCAAGGAGAUGCAAUCGGACGACACUUCCGACGAAGACAAGUCGGAUUCAACGACUACCGGCUCGGAAUCGGAAGGACCGCAGAUAAGGAGGAAGUCAAGUGGGAGACGCACGACCGGACAUUCAAAGGGCAAGUCGAAGUCGACUAAAGACAAAGGAGGGAAGACGGCGAACUGCACACCGACAAGAAUAUUUGAGCGAGGUGAGUGCUCCAGGCAGCGACAGAUGGGGCAGGAGGAGAACCCAGAGAAAGAAGAGGCGGGAAACGAGACACCUGGCGAACCAAGGACUCCCCUGACCGGAGGGUUUAAGGGGUUGUCGGCAGGCUGCUCACAGAAAGGACUCAUAGAGUACUGUAUUUCAGCUCAUAAAAUCCAUUCAACGAAGAACGCGGACGUAUUGCGUAAACUCUGUGAGCAGAAAGGCCUCAAAUACACGAAGAAACUGGAAGCAGUACAGAUACUCGCGAGACAUCAAGUUCAACUGGCAUACGAUGGCUUCGAAGAAGAACAGGGGGCUACUACAGCGAAGAAUAAGACGAAAGCAUCUGGAUCGCCACGCAAGGAUUUCGUAAAGGACAAGACCUCAGCGGAGAAGACGACCGCGAGACCUGUGCCUAUCAUCAUCCGAAAGAGCGUGGCUAUGGGGGCAAGGGAUGACGGGCGAGACGGUCCGGAAGGUGGAAUCGGCGAUCUCAAGUACGACAUUACUUCUCGCGGCACAGGGGCAGAUACCCUGGCUCACGAAACUUUCACCUGGAACACAAACUAUGAAACGAUGGCGACCGCCGAGGAGGAGGUCCUGAGGGAGAGCAGAGAAGAUUUUAAGAAGAGUGGAUUACCUGCAAUCGGGAGCUGGAGGCCUGACGGACGCCUGGGGACGGCAUACGUGAUCCCGAAGCAUAAGGAUCUGACACGAUGGAGACCAAUAGCGCCCGCACCGGCUGAUCCAGCUGCUUUGACACAAUGGAGAUUGGCACGCGCUCUACAUCAGAUGCUGAAACGGUUACCGGCGAACAGCACAUUCUACUUGAACUCCAUCUCGGAACUAACAAAGAGACUCGYAGGAACUGCAGUACRUUUUAGAGCMGCGGGGUGCGACCAAGCUAUCGGGAGGUGUUAUGAUAUCAAAGACAUGUUCUCGCGGAUCCCGCAYGAAGCAGUGAUUCAGGCGGUACACCAGCUUCUCAGGAUCUAUGAGAACAAGGGAAGUAAGCAGGUCARAGUGUCUCGGAGGGGGARAAACUGUAUUAUUAGUGAUAACAAGAGAAAGACGGACGGUUAUGUUAGCUUGCCACUGAAGCUGAUUCUGGAAGGCGUAAGAUACGACCUGAGACACUCGGUCGUUAAAUGCGGAGAUAAAAUAGUCAGGCAAAUUUUUGGAAUUCCGAUGGGGAAGUCGACAAGCCCGAUCCUAGCCUCGAUUACCUGUGCUAUGGUGGAACUGCGCUUUAUCAAUGAGCUUGGAAGCGACAGAAGACUUGUGGGCGGCUGGAGAGUGAUGGAUGACAUCACCGUGAUCGUCGGAGUAAUGGGACAAGGCGRCAAUGCUGGACACCGCGAAGAUCUCUUCGAAUCCUUCGAAGGGAUCUACGACAAGAAUCUGGAGAUAGUGCGAAAGGACGACUGUGGGACGACGUGGCAGUUCGUUGGAGGUGAAAUGAUGAUCUGUAGAUCGCCACUUCAGCUUCACUACAUACCAAGUACAAGAAAUUCGGAAAGCMUGAAUGCAGACGGAGAACUUCGCUUCCAGACGAUGCAGGACUACAACUCAUAUUCAGCGAAAUGCGUGAAGAAGGCGGUAUUGACAACCACGAUUAGAAGACUGUGGGACCAGGCGACGAGCAAGGAGCUAGUACUGGGUGCUAUUGGCUUUGCUGUUUGCGAAGCGGACCUCCGGGGUUACCCCCCGGAGGUCUCUCCCAGUGCCCUGACCAAUUUGGUCAAGGCUGUGCCCAAUCGAGCACUACAGACCCUACGAAAGGCCUUUUCCUACUCAGCGGACUGCGCCAGGAGACGAAAGCGGAGCAAGGCACUGGAUUUGGCCAGGAAAACCUCACGGAUUCCGUACGAGAAGACCGUGUAGCCGGCCCAUUUUGUAUUUUCCAUUUUGAAGU